AUGUUCCGUCUAGACGUCCAACUUCCCGGUAUUUCGCGCAUAAUCGACCUGGGCGUCUCAGUGCUAGCCACACUGGGAAAAAACGGCUCGACAGCUCCUACAGAAGGCUGCAUCCAUUCACCAACGAGUCGGGACUGUUGGAAAGAUGGGUUUGAUCUGUACACUGACUACGAAAGCGCAAUUCCCACUGGGAAACUGGUCCAGUAUGAUCUGACGAUCUCCAACGCCGUCAUGGCGGCCGACGGAUACUUGACAAACAUGACUGUGGUUAAUGGGCAAUUUCCUGGUCCUACAAUUGAGGCGACUGGGGUGAUACAUCCUUUGCUGACGUAUAAGUUCUGGAUCGACGGGCACAACUUUACUGUUAUUCAAAAUGAUUUUGUGCCGAUCAAGCCGUACGUCACGGACGUUUUGAUUGUUGGAAUUGCGCAGCGCUACGAGAUUAUCAUCGAGGCGAAUGCGACGUUCACCCACAGCUCCAACUUCUGGAUCCACGGGACUUACUGUGACGACGACAGUAUGUUAGACUCGAGGGUUGGGAUUAUUCGAUAUGAUGCGUAUGAUCGGCAGGAUCCAUUCACGUUGCCGCCCAGCGCGCGUGUCGUCGACUAUGGCUGUGAGGAUCCCAAGCCCACCGACCUAGUCCCCAUCGUCCCACGUACCGUGGGCAAGGAGGUAAACGGAUUCACCCCGGCAGACUACCUCCGGAUCGGGCUGCAGAACUGGCCCAAUGUCUCGGACCCAAACAGCCUCAUCCACAAGUGGGUUCUGGUGAACCGUACGCAGUAUAUCGACUGGCGCGAUCCUAGCCUCUUGCGGCUGGCGACGGCAGACGACGAGCCGCGGCCUUUGUUCCAUCCGGAUACAGUCCCUAUAUACCUGGACUACGAAACAGACGACUGGGUGUACUUUGUCAUAGAAAAUAACUACACCCUUAGCGAGGCGCACACGCCGCGUACCAUCCCUCGCUCCGUGCACCCCAUCCACCUCCACGGCCACGACUUCCUCAUUCUCGCCCAGGGCACGGGCGAGUUUACCAAGGACGUAGUUCCGAAGUUGGAUAACCCGGCGCGGAGAGACGUGGUUAAUUGUCCAAUCGGGGGGUAUGUGUGGAUCGCCUUCCAGGUUAAUAAUCCCGGAGCAUGGCUGAUGCACUGCCAUAUUGCGUGGCACGCGAGCGCCGGGCUCUCCCUGCAGUUUAUUGAGCAGCCUAAGCGCAUUCCCGAAUUGGUGAACAUCUCAGGGGCGUUGCCAGACCUGAAGCAGCGGUGCCAGGACUGGACGGAGCAUUAUAACACGACAAACGUGCCGAAGGGGGCGUUGCAGGACGAUUCGGGGAUUUGA